AUGUCUGAGGGUGGUUAUCGUUCAGUCGCCUACUUCGUAAAUUGGGCCAUCUAUGCCAGAAAGCAUAGGCCGCAAGACCUUCCCGCCGAUAAGCUCACUCACGUCCUCUACGCCUUUGCCAAUGUUCGGCAAGACAGCGGAGAAGUACAUAUGACUGAUGGCUGGGCGGACACCGACAUUCACUGGGAGGGUGACUCGUGGAAUGAUACUGGCAACAACAUGUAUGGCUGUCUCAAGCAGCUCAACCUCCUCAAGAAGCGCAACCGAAACCUCAAAGUUCUGCUGUCCAUUGGCGGCUGGACCUAUAGCGGCAACUUCAAGGGCCCGGCCAGCACCCAACAGGGCCGCGAGACAUUCGCCAAAUCUAGUCUUGAGCUUCUGAAGAAUCUCGGCUUCGACGGUCUGGAUAUCGACUGGGAGUAUCCUCAAAAUGCAGACGAGGCCAGAAAUUUCGUUGAGCUUCUCGCCACUGUCCGCAGAGAGCUGGAUGCAUACUCAGCCACGCUUCCAAACUACAGCCAUUUCGAGCUGACUGUGGCCUGUCCUGCGGGGCCCACCCAUUUUCGAAAUCUCGACAUCCCGGGAAUGGACAAAUAUCUUGAUUUCUGGAAUCUGAUGGCUUACGACUACGCUGGCUCCUGGGACCCGACGAGCGGCCAUCAGGCCAACCUCCACGUGUCGCAUGACAACCCUACAUCUACGCCGUUUUCUACUGACGCGGCCAUUGACCACUACACAAGGAACGGUGUCGCCCCCAGCAAGAUUGUGCUCGGAAUGCCCAUUUACGGCCGUGCUUUUGAGAAUACAGACGGUCCGGGCAAGCCAUACAACGGCAUUGGCGAGGGAUCCUGGGAGAAUGGCAUCUUCGACUACAAAGUUCUUCCUCUCCAGGGCUCACAAGAAAUUUACGACCAAGCCACCGGCUCCAGUUACUGCUAUAACCCACAGACGAGAAAGCUCGUUUCUUACGACACUCCUCAUGCUGCCAGAGUGAAGGCUGGCUACGUCAAGGAGUGGGGUCUCGGAGGCGGCAUGUGGUGGGAGAGCAGCGGCGACAAGGAGGGCCAGGACAGCUUGAUUGGAAUUGUUGUCAAUGAGUUUGGCGGUCCGCAGGCGCUCCAGAGGAAGGAUAACUGCAUCGAUUAUCCCCAGUCAAAGUACGACAACUUGAAGAAUGGAUUCCCAAAUAACUAG